AUCUGAGCUGAAUUAAGAAGAAAGAGCUUCCAUAAUCACAGCUGAUGAAGAUCCACUGGUAAAUUGAUCAGCAUUUUUGCUUGUCCUCCAAAGAAAAGGAGCGGAAAGAAUGUCGGAGCGGGCCGCGGAUGACGUCAGGGGGGAGCUGCGCCGAGCGGCGGUGGCGGCGGGCGGAGCAGCGGCCGCGGCCGCCCGGCAGCAGCAGCAGCCACAGCCUCCGCAGCCCCAGCGGCAGCCGCCGCUGCCGCCACGGCGCCUACGGCCGGAGGACGGCGGUUCCGGCGCCUCCUCUACCUCGGCCGCCGUCGCCGCCACCUCAAUGGCGACCGUCGGGGAGCGCAGGUCCCUGCCCAGUCCUGAAGCGAUGCUGGGACAGUCGUGGAAUUUGUGGGUCGAGGCUUCCAAACUUCCUGGGAAGGACGGGACGGAAUUGGACGAAAGUUUCAAGGAGUUUGGGAAAAACCGCGAAGUCAUGGGGCUCUGUCGGGAAGACAUGCCAAUAUUUGGUCUCUGUCCAGCCCAUGAUGAUUUCUACUUGGUGGUGUGUAACGACUGUAAUCAGGUUGUCAAACCACAGGCAUUUCAAUCACAUUAUGAAAGAAGACACAGCUCACCCAGCAAGCCUACAUUGGCCGUUCCUCCCACUUCAGUGUUCUCCUUUUUCCAUUCUCUGUCUAAAAACAAAGGAGGCAGUGCAAGUGGAAGCAGCCGUUCUUCGAGUGGAGGUGUCCUGAGCGCAUCCUCGUCAGGUUUCAAGUUGUCAAAAUUGCCCAAAGAGAAACAGCAGCUCAGGGGGAACACCAGGCCAAUGCAUCCCAUUCAGCAAAAUAGAGUCCCUCAUAGAAUCAUGACGGCCUCUGUCAAAGUGGAGAAGAUUCAUCCGAAGAUGGAUGGCACACUACUGAAAUCUGCAGUGGGUCCAACGUGUCCUGCUACUGUGAGUUCUUUAGUCAAGUCUGGCCUUAAUUGCCCCUCAAUACCAAAGCCAACCAUGCCUUCAUCUGGACAGAUUCUAAAUGGCAAAGGCCUUCCUCUACCACCCGCUCUGGAAAAGAAAUCUGAAGAUAAUUCCAGUAAUCGGAAAUUUUUAAAUAAAAGAUUAUCAGAAAGAGAGUUUGAUCCUGAUAUACACUGUGGGGUCAUUGAUCUCGACACCAAGAAGCCCUGCACCCGGUCUUUGACAUGCAAGACACAUUCCUUAACCCAGCGGAGGGCUGUCCAGGGUAGAAGAAAACGAUUUGACGUGUUAUUAGCCGAGCACAAAAAUAAAACCAGGGAAAAGGAAUCGAUUCGCCAUCCGGACUCUCAGCAACCAACACAGCCUCUCAGGGACCUGCAUCCCGCCCCUCCUAGAACGUCACAGGAGCCACACCAAAACUCUCAUGGAGUGAUUCCUUCUGAAUCAAAGCUUUUAGUAGCUAGUAAACCUAAACCUCACACCCUCAGUCUUCCAAGGCCUCCAGGCUGCCCUGCUCAGCAAGGUGGGAGUGCCCCCAUUGACCCUCCUCCAGUCCAUGAAUCUCCACACCCUCCCCUGCCUGCCACUGAGCCAGCUUCUCGGUUAUCCAGUGAGGAGGGCGAAGGCGAUGACAAAGAAGAGUCUGUUGAAAAACUGGACUGUCAUUAUUCAGGUCAUCAUCCUCAGCCAGCAUCUUUUUGCACAUUUGGAAGCCGGCAGAUUGGAAGAGGCUAUUACGUGUUUGACUCCAGGUGGAACCGGCUUCGCUGCGCCCUCAACCUCAUGGUGGAGAAGCAUCUGAAUGCGCAGCUGUGGAAGAAGAUCCCACCAGUGCCCAGUACUACAUCAUCCGUCUCCAUACGUGUUCCUCACCGGACAAAUUCUGUGCUGACAUCCCAGUGCGGGGUCAGCCAUCUUGCAGCACCCACCAUCUCUGUGUCCCCGGUCCUGCUCUCGUCCACCUGCAUCUCCCCAAAUAGCAAGUCGGUACCAGCUCGUGGAACCACACUAAACGCCCAGCCUGCCAAUUCUGGAGCGAUGGAUCCUGUGUGCAGUAUGCAGUCCAGACAAGUGUCCUCUUCGUCCUCAUCCCCUUCCACGCCCUCUGGCCUCUCCUCAGUCCCCUCCUCCCCCAUGUCCAGGAAACCUCAGAAGUUGAAAUCCAGCAAGUCUUUAAGGCCCAAGGAGCCUCCUAGUAACAGCAUUAACUGUCACAGUGCCAGUAGCAGUAACAGUGGCGGCUCAGGAAAGAAACGCAAAAACAGUUCCCCACUGUUAGUUCACCCUUUUUCCUCCUCCUGUUCCUCCUCCUCUUCCUUUUCCUCUUCUUCUCAUUCCAUGGAGUCUUUUAGGAAAAACUGUGUGGCUCACUCUGGGCCUCCCUAUCCCUCAGUGGUAACAUCUUCCCAUAGCAUUGGCCUCAACUGUGUGACAAAUAAAGCUAACUCGGUGAGCGUGCGGCAUGACCAGUCAGGGAGGGGCCACCCUAGCGGGAGCCCUGCAGAAUCCAUCAAGAGGAUGAGUGUGAUGGUGAACAGCAGUGAUUCCACUCUUUCUCUUGGCCCGUUCAUUCACCAGUCCAACGAACUGUCUGUCAACUCCCACAGCAGUUUUCCACACUCACACACUCCUCUAGACAAACUCAUAGGAAAGAAAAGAAAGUGCUCGCCUGGCUCGAGCAGCAUCAACAACAGUAGCAAACCCACAAAGGUUGCCAAAUUGCCAGCCAUGAACAACGUCCACAUGAAACACACGGGCACCAUUCCAGGGGCACAAGGACUGACGAACAAUUCCCUCCUUCAUCAGCCAAAGGCACGUCCCUGACAGCUGAAAAUAGCACGGGGAGGAAUAAUCUGGACACUUUUGACGACAAGUUACACCUCCACUCAACACUCUGGACUCCACGAUGCCUUUGAGUCUGUUUUCCCAACUUCCUGUGGGUCUCAAGGGUAGGAAGCUGCCGGGCUGUUGUUUUAACGAGGAUUUCCUUGAAGCUAUGUCUGUAGCAGUGAGUACUCAUAAAGGACACUGGAUCGAGUUCAGACACCAACUUGCUUUUAUCGGUGUUAAAGUGGUCUGGACUGCUUGCUCCCAAUCUGUGAGAAGUUUUUGUUUCUGUUUGUCUUUUUUUAACAUGCAGUAUAUCAUGGAGCCACUCUGAGUAGAUUGGCCGGGCAGAAGAAUGUUUUGGCAAGAGUGUUACUGUAGUCUGACACACCCCUAACCCCCACCCCUACCCACUGACUUUUUAAUUUAAUUUUAUUUUUUUACACUGUCUUCUGUAGGUCCAUCUCCAGUAGUCAGGCCCCGUAACUGGAGACGCCUUCCAGAAGAGGCUGCAUGCACCCUGAGUAGCCCUGUGAAGGAGGGGAUUUGGCUGUACGUUUGUAUAGCAGUGUUCCAGGAGUGGAAUAUGGAGAUUAGCUCAAUGCACUGGGACAAAACAGCCUGUAUUUUUGCCCAGCCAUUUUUACAAGUCAUUUGAGAUGAGAAACUCAGAAUUUUCUAACUUACAAACUGGUUUGAAGCCAUUGAUGCCCAAAGAGCAAGUA